CUGAGCACACGUACGGUAUCAAUCCAGGAGCCGAGUAAGCUGUACACAGUGAGGAAAAGCCGCUCUACACCAGGAAUUCUUCCUCAUGUCCUGACAGAAAAAUGCUUCAUUUAGAGGUGAAAAUUAGGUAUUUUAGUUGAAGGGCAAACAAUAAGCUGCUGAUGGCGUCACCGCUUGGCUUGGUGUGGCUGGUGUUAGCCUUCACUUUGGUAUUCAAGCCAGUGGCUGCCAACACCUGUUCGAACCAGGAUUUUUCCUGCUCUCACGGAUUAUGCGUGUCUGAGGACUGGGUGUGUGACUUCACCGACGAUUGUGGAGACAGCAGCGAUGAAAACAAUUGUUCAAUGUAUGAGAGGUGUGACUUUGACGAGGGUUUCUGUGACCUGAUCCAAAGCUCAGAAAUGAGGGCUCAGUGGUCCAGAACAACUGAGGUCGCUGGACUCAAACAUGACCACACAAACAACAAAUCAGCACAUUUUCUGUCCCUGUUACCCGUCAGAGGAAACAAAACCACAGCAGACCUGAAAAGUCCAGUCCUCCCACCCAGCCACACCUGCCAGAUGAGUUUCUAUUAUUAUUUUGGAGCAACUCACGGAGAUCUUCAGGUCCUGGUUCAAACUCAUCCAGCAGGUCGGAGCACAGCAGUGUGGAAACCCUCAACUCAACUACAGAAGGAUACGUGGCUGCGGGAAAUCCUUCGCUUUUCCAGGAAUGACAGUUUUCAGGUGGUGAUUCGAGGAGAACUUUCAGCUGACAGCGAGGCCUCUGAGGUCCUGGCCAUCGAUGACUUAUCCUUCAGCCCCGGCUGCGGGGCUGUGUCUGGGAGGAGGGUGUCCUCUCCUCCUGCCUGCCCUCCCUUGUGGUUCGUGUGCGAUGAUGGGGAGUGUAUCAAGGAGAGCAAAGUGUGUGACUUCACCCCGCAUUGUUCCUCUGGAGAGGAUGAAGCCAGCUGCCCCUCUGAGUGUGACUUUAAGAGUGAUUCUUGUGGCUGGUACGAGCUUACCCUCGGCGAUGGCUUUGACUGGGUCAGGGGCUCAUCGAUGGAGGUACCUCCAGACUACUAUGGUCGCCCACCACCACUGGACCACUCCACGAACAGCACUGAAGGUCACUUCAUGUUUAUAUUCAAGAACAGCAGCAGUCUGUUUCCAAACGCUGCUCUCCGAGGACCGCGGUUCCAGCAAUCGGCUGCUGCCUGCACCAUGACCUUCUGGCAUUAUAAUUCAGGCAUAUCUGUGGGAGCUGCUGACAUGUCACUUCGAAUCGAAGGAGUUGAAAACCACACUGUCAUAUGGAGAACAUUGUACGACCAAGGACCCCACUGGAACCAGGUCACCGUACAGCUGGGACGCAUCACCCAGCCUUUCCAGAUCUCCCUGGCUAAAAUCAGCCUCGGCGUGUUCGAUGGAGUCGCCGCUCUAGACGAUAUCGCUUUCAAGAACUGCUCUCUGCCUCCGGCGGUGGAUGAGUGCCCACCCCACACACAUUUCCACUGCGUGCACACCAAGGCAUGUGUGGAGCAUCUGCAGCUCUGUGACCUUGUGGACGACUGUGGGGAUGGAUCAGAUGAGGCAGGAUGUUCUCCAGAGCUGCAGUGUGACUUUGAACAUGGGCUGUGUAACUGGAAACAGGAACAGACUGGAGAAGAUGUUUUUGACUGGACCAUCUACCAAGGCCCGACUCCAUCCUUUAACACAGGCCCUUUGAAGGACCACACAUUGGGCACCGUCUAUGGCCACUACCUCUACAUUGAGGCGUCUGCCCCUCAGGAGUUCAAAGACACGGCGGUGUUGCUCGGUCCAGUCUUCAAACCCACCCACCACGAUGGCAAGUCGUACAACCACUGUGCUUUCCGCUUCUAUUACCACAUGUUUGGAAAAUAUGUGUUCUACCUGGCGGUGUACUUGAGGACCACUGCUACAGGCCGUGGCCAGAUGCUGUGGGUGAAAUAUGGAAAUCAAGGAGACUUCUGGCACAGGGAGACUCUUUACCUCAGCAGUGCUCAGCCUUUCCAGAUUUUGAUUCAAGGUACAGUUGGAGAUGAUUUUACUGGAGACAUUGCUAUUGAUGACCUUUCCUUCCUCAACUGUGAGCCUUAUGAAGGAGAGCUCCCCACACUGAAUAAUACAACUCCAGCAGUGACGACUCCAGCCCCCACAGUUCAACCCAAUAUGUGCCAUUAUGGAGAGUUUCCUUGUGGGACAUAUGGGGAGUGCAUUCCCUUCAGUAAAGUGUGCGACUUUAGAUAUGAUUGCUCUGAUGGAUCAGACGAAAUAAGUUGUGUGAAGGAAAGCUGUGAUUUUGAAGGAGGUGACACUUGUGGGUGGAAGAUCGUCAAACCCUCUUUCAUACUAAAUCACUCAUUUCGCUGGUCAUGUGACCAAGGGGAGAGCAAUCAUUUUGGAGAGGAGUACCACCGUCCUACUAAUGACCACACCCUCAACAGCUCCAAGGGGUGGUAUAUGUAUGCAGACAGUUCAAACGGUGGAUACGGUCAGACCACUGACCUCCAGACUCCUGUCAUCUCCUCCACUGGACCGCAGUGCACCCUGGUCUUCUGGUACCACAUGAGGGGCUUCACCGUGGGAACACUGAAGGUGCUGCUGAAGCAAACAAACAUCACUCAUGAGGUUUGGACUGAGACUGGUAACCAAGGCAACAAAUGGAGACGAGGAGAAGUGUUUUUGGGGUUAUUGAGUAAUGUCCAGGUGGUAUUCUCUGCUAAACGAGGGAUCAGCUACAUGGGUGACUUGGUAAUAGAUGACGUCGGCUUCGUGGAUUGCUCCCCUCCUCUUCCUUCAGACCAGCCUUGCACACCUGAGCAGUACACCUGUGCAAAUGGCCACUGCAUCCCUCAGGACAACCUGUGUGACUUCAUCAACCACUGCGGGGACAGCUCAGACGAGAACCCCUACAUCUGCCAGGGUUUUAUUGAACGCUGCAGUUUUGAGUUUGACCUCUGUUCCUGGCGCCAGUGCCAAGAGGAUGACUUUGAUUGGAGGAUCAGCAGCAGUCCAACCAUUGGAACUAGGCCAUCAACUGACCACACCCUGGGAAACUCCUCGGGACACUACCUCUACUUGGAAAGUUCAUUUCCUCAGGAAGAUGGCAGCACCGCUCGUAUAAUAGGACCCCUACUGAGCCGCAGGAGCUCACAGUGCAAGAUGCGUUUCUACUUCCACAUGUCUGGAGAUGGCAUUGGGACUCUCAGUGUGUUCAGCAAAAGUGAAGGCCAUCUCCAUCUCCUCCUGACCCUGACGGGAGAUCAGGGCAACUACUGGCAGAUGAAGGAGAUCCCGCUGAGCAGCUCCAGGGACUUCCAGGUCAUGUUCGAGGGCAAGGUAGGCCGAAAUCCAAAGGUUGACAUCUGCCUGGAUGACAUUACCUUCUCUCCAGGAUGCCUUCUCGCUUCCUCAGCUACAUCGCCCGAUAACACUCCUUCACCUCCUCCAGGGUCCUGUCCUUCGGGCUUCCUGCCUUGUGAAAAUGGCAGGUGUUUCGCUCCAUGGCAAAGCUGUGACUUCACGGAUGACUGUGGCGAUGGAACUGAUGAGAAGCAUUGUGGGACUUCGUGCACCUUUGAGAACGGACGCUGUGGGUGGAAGAGCUCCCUUGCUGAUAAUUUUCACUGGGUGCUGGGCACUGGGUCUGUCCAAAGCAUACGGCCUCCGUAUGAUCACACGCUGAUGAAUGAGUAUGGGCAUUUUGUCUAUUUGGAAGCAACACCAGUGGGACUGAAAGGCGAUAAAGCUCAUAUUAGAAGCUCUGUGUGGAAAGAGUCUAGCGCCAUCUGCAAGCUCUCUUUCUGGUACUACAUUUCCCACAAGGCCUCGGGAAGCAUCCGGCUUCUGAUCAAGAUGGAGAAUAAUUUAAAGGAGGUGUGGAAUCAAACGGGACAUCAGGGCAAUAAGUGGAACCGAGCAGAGAUCCCCCUGAGGAAGCUCAGGAACUUUGAAGUCAUAUUUGAGGUGGUGCGCCUAAAGGACGUGAGCGGUGGAGCGGCCUUAGAUGACCUGGAGUACAUAGACUGUGCCCCAACCACUGUGGAGGCCGUUGGUUGUCCUGCGCCCACAGAUUUUGUGUGCCGCAGCGGCCACUGCAUUGAGUCCCACCUGGUGUGCGACAGCAAGGCCGACUGUGCUGAUGAAUCGGACGAAGCUGACUGCGACAAAAUAAUUAGCUCGCCAGGUGCUUGUAGCUUCAACAUGGAGGGAGACCAGUGGAAAGAGAGAUGCCAACUUUCUCAAGACCCUGAUGAUGACUUUGAUUGGAGGAUUGGUUCCAGUACUGAGACACCAGGGGCUGGACCUAUCACCGACCACAGCCAAGGUGGUGGAGGGAACUUCCUGUAUAUAAACUCAGCCAUUCAGCACGAGGGCGAUGUUGCCAAGGUGACAACCAGGAGUCCAUUUCCUGCCAGCAUCGGCCUGUGUCACCUGCGCUUCUGGUUCUUCAUGCAUGGUUCUGAUAGGAUGGGAACAUUGAAGGUCUUUACAGUUGGACCCAGCGGUACCCGUCUGUUGAUGUGGGCAGCCACUGGAAACCAUGGCAGACAGUGGACAUACGCUAAUGUCAUCGUGUCCAGCACGGUACCCUUCAGAGUGACCUUUGAGGCCCAGGUGGGUGGAGACAUGUGGACAGACAUCGCCCUGGAUGACAUUUCCUACACUGCAGAGUGUAUAGUUGGAGAACCUGUGACUCCUCAGCCACUGACUUGUGGUGUGAACCAGUUUCAGUGUGCAUACUCCUUCCAGUGUAUCCCAGAGAGCUGGUUGUGUGACACGGAGCCCGACUGUGCUGAUAAGUCUGAUGAAGAGCAUUGUCCCACUGUUGUACCCGGAACUCUUCCUCCUCAGGUCCUUUGUCCUCUUGGUUAUUUUCAGUGUUCAGAUCAUAACUGCCUCCCGUCCAUAAUGCGCUGCGAUGGAGUCGUUGACUGUCCCACAGGAGAGGAUGAAUACAGCUGCCCUUGGCUCCAGUGUAAGCUGGGAGAACUGGUGUGUGAAAGUUCGUCUAGCUGUAUCCCAUUUCAGAGCCGUUGUGACCAUUUUGUCGACUGCCUGCCAUUCCACUCAGAUGAAUCCAGCUGCCAUGAAUGUCCUCCGAUGUAUUGCAUGUAUCACGGCUCAUGCCAUGUGAUGACACAGGGGCCUGUUUGCAUCUGUCAGCCGGGAUGGACAGGAAACCGUUGCCAUGUCAGAGAGAAACCAUCCCUCUCCACGCCUUCCCCGAAACCAGAGGACACGCAGAUGGUUCCUGUGUACGUUGGCAUCGGCAUCGGGCUGCUGCUGCUCGUACUCGGAGUCGCUGUGUGUGUUCUGGCUCUGCGCAAGAGAAAGUGCCACGUAAUAAAGCCCAACCUGACGGACUACGGGGUGAUGGAUAACCCAAAUUUUGACUGGAAAGCAGAGGAUGAAAGAGCGGGCGGCUGUCCCAGUGUGAACCCCAGGAGGAGUGAUGGUCACGGGCUUUCCAUCAGUGUCUACCCGUGGAGGAAGGAGGUAGAGGGUCUGAACUGGAAAGAUGCCAAGCUGUCCUUCUCCAACCCCAUGUACCCUUACCCCCCUAAUCAUAAUGAGGCUGACAGCAAAACUUCUGAUGCAUAAAAACAACGGACAUCACAUUAAUUUUUUUUUAAAGAUAUUUUUUGGGGUAAAUGCCAACUAAGAGCAUUGCAACAAAACCAUCGAGAUGCAGAAAACAUGGAGACUGAAUUGUGAAUUGUGCGUACACACUCUUGAGGAGUUCGUCUUGACCCACUGCACUCAAGUCCAGACUGGGGGAGAGGAUGCAAACGGUGACAUGGAUAUAUUUCACGAUACCAGCUUGACUUCAUGUGAUACUUACAUGUUUAAAUAAAGGUUUAAAGCCCACAGAAUAAUUGAUUGUUCAAUCUAAGACAUGCACAUAAAUAUGACUAAACAGCACUGCGUAUUUAUCCACAGGAGUUCUGCUCUACGGACACCAAACUCUCUUGGUGAGACUUCAAUGAGAAGAUCAAUAAGACUUGCAUAUUGGCCCAAUUAAAAUAGCGGAUAAUGCCGGAGGCUUAACCUGACUUUAAUGGUUAGCAUAUCUGCUGCUUAUCUGCUUAGUAUAAAACACAGGUUAUUUCACUCAUCAUCCUUUGCUUAUCCAGGCUUCAACCAUCCAGUAAUUCUGUGUUGUGGGAUGGCUGGAGACUAUCCCAGCUGUCACAGAGCCAAAGGCAUGACACCCUGGAUAAUCCAUUUUAACUGGCCUAACACGAAGAGACAGACAACCAUUCCCACAGACAAUUUAUAAUUGCCAAUCAACCCCCGUUUAGAUUGUGACACAAAGCUGGUGUACCUGGAAAGCAGCAGGCAUCCAACCUGGAUUUGAACCCAGGACCUUCUGCUGGGAGUCAACAGUGCCCCCCCCAGCCCUUUUCAAAAGUAUUCCCUAUAAGAGACAACACUGUAGAUGUAGGAGGCAACCAUCAGUUGAUAUGUUUUGGCACUGAGUUGAGCUGUUGUCAGCUGAUUUCAGGGGUUGUGGAAUGAGGUUAACCUAACACUGUGUUAGAUAUAUAUUUUUUUAAUCUGUACAAAAGCCAAACUGUAAAAAAAAAAAAGACCUACAUUUAAAAGGUAGCUGCUACGUGUCUUUUAUCCUGUUUUCCUCUCCUCAUCCCCAACGAAUUGCAGCAGAUGGCUUUCCCUUGUCUGAGCCUGGUUAUGCUGGGAGGUUUGUUCCUGUUUAAAGGGAGUUCUUCUUUCCCACUGUCGCCAAGUGCUUCCCCAAAGGGAGUCGUUUGAAUAUUGGGUUUCUGUGUUAUUGUAGGGUCUUUACCUUACAAUAGAAAGCAACUGUUGUGACUCGGUACUAUUAUAAAGAAACAUAAUUGAAAUUUAACCGACCACAGCUUUGUCUUUCCUGCAAAGAUAUGAGUAGUCAUGAUCCUCUCCCCAAAAUCGUGGCAAGAAAGUAGAUAACUUCAGUCAUUGUCAUGUUAAUCUAUUCCAUUAAAAAGUCUCAAGUAUGCAGAGACAGUUAAAAAUAUUCUUUUUUUUAAAUUGCUGUAACUCUAAGUCUUAGAACGGGUUGUGAAUGGUGAUUAAAGUUUUUUUUUUUUCAUGUUGGCAAAAGCAGAACACAUCCAGUUGACUGAAUUAAAAUGCUCUGCUGAACAACAGCCUCCAACAGGCUGCAGUCCCGAGUUCAUUACUGAUCUUUUUAAAUCCUCACAAGUGCAAAUAAAAUAGUUUGGCCCUGCUUUAGUUGCAAAUUAAAAUCCAUUGCAAGUUGUCGUUCUCUGGCU